ACCCAAAAUGACGCCGCCAUCGCAAUCAGAGAUAGCUCUUGACUCCCCGCGCGAAGCAACAGUGUUUCUUAGUCACUUUUUCAGCUGGUAGUUUUGGCGGGGAGAGAUCGAAUCAGUGGACUCGCUCUAUACAAUGAGUUCAGACGACGAUAUCGAUAGCCCCCGCAAAAGACGGCGCAUAGCUCCUCCUGAGACUGGUCCGUAUGUGCUGCGACAGCUCAUAGAAUCGGUUCCGGUUGCUGGCGAAGGGAGCGAGCAAGAAGUGUAUAUCACAUGUGUAGAAUAUUGGAACGAUAAUCUCUAUAUCGGGACCUCCCUCGGGGAAGUUCUGCAUUUCGUUUCCUUUCCCUCCGACUCUGAAGAAUCAGCCGAGCCAUCCUUUAUUUUGGCGUCAAGACUACCCAUCACGUUGUCGCAGAGUAAUCUACCUGCAGACACACCACCGGGGGUGCAGCAGAUACUCAUUCUACCUUCUACCUACAAAGCAUGCAUCCUAUGCAAUGGCGUCGUCACAUUUUACUCGCUCCCUGAGCUAAGCCCGACCUACGGCACUACGAAAGUGGGCAAUUGUAAAUGGAUUGGAGGGCUCGAUCUCAAUGAACCAAAUGAGGAUGGGCAGCCUUUUGAUCCCGUGGUUAUGAUUGCAGUUACCAAUAGAAUAAUGCUGGUCAGAAUCGGCGACGAGCCCCGAAGAGUGAGAAAUAUUGAGUUUCCAGGAUGUCUUGUAUCUGCCCGAAGAGAUACAAUCGCGUGCGUUGCAGACGCAUAUUCGUACUCUCUGCUGGAAGUAGAGCACCGUCAGAAGAUUCCACUAUUUCCAAUCUCUUCGUCAGAAGAAAGCUUUGAAUCCGGCCAUGUGGAAGACAUACCAGUUCGAACUGACACCCCAGUUCAAGGGAACCAGCCUGCAUCGGCUGGAAAUGUUCCAGGACACAGCAGAAGCGCGAGUCUAAAUACACUUGGCGGCGUCGGACGGCGCCAACCAAGUCCAAGCCCUCAUUCAAUGUUUCCCGAAAGAUCGAGCUCCAUAACUCCAGAGCCCUCCAUGAAGUCUAAGACUCUCCAUGGCCCGCCAGGCUCCCCUGAGAAAAAGUCUCCUGACACAUCAGAACCAUCUUCGGAAAACGGUGGUCCAGGCUCUGAUGGGUCUUCUUCGUCAAGCCAGAAACCGUUACCACCUCCUCCGAAGCAAUCCACCACGAGACUCAAGCCGCACGUUGUAUCGCCGACCCCAUCCGAAUUUUUGUUGGUUACGGGGACUGAGCCGUCAGAACCCGGCGUAGGUAUGUUCGUCAAUGUCGAUGGGGAUGUUGUUCGGGGGACUCUUGAAUUUCCAAAAUACCCAGACGCUAUUGUGGUCGAUGACGAUAGUAACGAGGGAAAUCAACCGCGCGCGAGUGACGACGAUCAAAAUGGGUAUGUUCUGGCAGUCAUUGGUGCCGACGACAACGAAGACAGUCGGACAUAUAUCGAAGCGCAGAGGUGGAAUGCAGUUCCGGGAGAACGUAGAUUACAAAAGGCAUUAGUAGAAAUACCUGCAGCCCGCUCACCACCCGGCACAGUUGGAAUUCGGCGUACCGUCGGCGCCAGCCGUGUGUCCUUUUCAGAAAUCGUCGACGUUAUGCGGAUGGUUCGUUUGAAGUCGACCAGCAUAAUGGCGCCAUCGAUCCCUUCAACACCCCCAGAGAAUAACGACCCGAGAACUCGCGCGUCCCUCGAACAUCUACAAAAGGAAAAGGAGCUCUUCGAUAACCAGGAAACUGAUUCUGACGGUUCAAAGCUUCUCUCUUCGUCGCAUGUCAGCCGUGACUGGGAAGAGGAAAGGAACCGGGAAGAAACCAAGUUUGCCCGUGGCCUCGCAACUGUCAAAAGUAGUAUCAUCAUUUGGGAAGGGGAUCGAAUUUGGACGGUCCUGCGGAAUCCACUAGCGCUUCAAUUAGACAAUUCUCUUGAAUUGGCUAAGCAAAUGAAGGAAGCCGAUGGGAAGGAUGCGGGUGUUGAUAAAGAACCAAUUAUUAAUAUCAUCCAAGGACUUCGAGAUAUGGAGCCCAAGACUGAAACAGAAUACAUUGGUUUGCGUUACGUCAGGCAGAAGGCAAGUUUGCUUCUAUUUAUCGAUCUAAUCGCCCCAAGCUCUACGGGCCCAACCGCAGCGACUAUAAGAGCAACCGAAGACGCACUUGUCGUCGGGGAGCUCGACCCUCGAGUGGUUCUCCUUUUGAUACCGCUGCUUAAAGGUGAAGCACUUCAAGGUCCACAAGGGAUUUGGGUAUAUAAUGGUUUGGAGAAGGUGAUAUCAUCAUUCUUCGCUCCACCAGAUGAAGGAGUGGAAAAUAAACCGCCAAAUUUGACCAUGGACGAUAAUAUUCUCCACCUUCUUAAACGUUAUCUGCUAGGUUGGCAGAAGAAACGAGGCUAUGGGAGUGUGACGGAUGAGACGUAUGUGUUUAAUAGCGUGGACGCUGCGUUGUUACAUUUACUUCUUCAUCUGGAUGCGAAAAACAUGCGCGAGGGAAAUGUAGCUCCGGGAGCUUCUGUGCGCCCAGACCUGAACAAACUUGUUGACAACUGGAAGGGUAAUUUUGAUCGGGCUGUGCAGCUACUCGAGAGCUAUAAUAGGCUUUUUGUUCUCAGCAGAUUAUACCAGAGCCGGAAAAUGGCCAAACAUGUUCUGGCAACAUGGAGAAGGAUAGUCGAGGGAGAGAAGGACGAAGGAAAGGAGCUAUCAGGUCCAGCAGCAGACAUUCAGAUUCGAAAGUAUUUGGUAAAAAUUAGGGAUGUUCACCUGGUUGAGGAAUACGGUCCAUGGUUGGCUGCGCGUAACCCCAAGCUUGGAAUCCAAGUCUUUGUGGAUGAUACCAGCAGGGUGAAAUUCAAUCCGCAGCAGGUAAUUGCGUUGCUACAAAAGCGUGCCCCAGGGGCUGUCCAAGAGUAUCUAGAACAUCUCGUUUUUACAAAACACGAUACCCAAUACGCCGAUGACCUUAUAGCCUAUUAUCUCGAUACUGUCCUUUCAGUUCUCGAAUCCUCCGCUGAAGCCCGCGCAUCCUUAACAGAAUCCUACUCAACCUACCGCGCCCUCCAGGCCCCUAAACCUUCCUAUCUCAGCUUCAUCACGCACAACCAUCCUCCAGAGCCGUGGUGGCAAUCCCGCCUCCGCCUCCUCCAACUACUAGGAGGCGGCUCAACAACCCAAUUCACCUCCACUACCCCACCAACCAAUCUCUCGUACUCGAUCUCCACCGUCCUCGCCCGCAUCGAACCCUUCAAAAACGAACUCGUCUCCGAAAGCAUAAUUCUCGACGGCCGCCGGGGCCGCCACCGCGAAGCCCUCCGCCUCCUUACCCACGGGCUCAGUGACUACGACACCGCCAUCCGCUACUGUGCAUACGGCGGACCAACAUGGUCCACGUCAACCGUAGCAGAAAUCGCAAGCGACACACAAGCUGAGCUCUUCACCUACCUCCUCACGGAGUUCCUGCAGAUCGCGGACCCGGUCUGCCGUAUUGAACGCACCAGCAAUCUGCUCGCGCGGUUUGCGUCCGUGUAUGAUAUCACGGACGUGCUCCGGUUGGUUCCGGACGAAUGGAGCGUGGAUAUCCUAAGCGAGUAUUUGGUGCGUGUCUUGCGGGGUGUUGUGAGUGGGGCGCGGGAGGCGAAGGUGCAACGGGCGCUAAGCGCUGGGCUGUAUUUGAAGGUUGAUGCCGGGUUUGGGAAUAAGGUGGAGAGGCUUGGGGGAUGGGUGCAGGAUGAGACAGGGAUUAGAGGGUUGAAGGGGAGUGGUGGGGGGAAAGAGAAUGAUGGGGACGAUGGUGAUUAUGAGGAGGAGAGGGAUGAGGACGGAGGUGAGACUAGUGGAGGUUUGAUCGGGGGAAUAAUCGUUGAUGGGGAAGGCAUUUUACGAUGAGAUGAUGCAUAUUCCUUUCGUGGAAUGUAGAUUAUUGCAUAUUUAAGUUACCCCUGAAAGUAUAUUUUGGAGGCGGGUUUAUUUCCCGUUCAUUUUCUUGGACUCUCCACAAAUUUCCGUUUCAUAUCCGCAUAAACAUGAAAUAUGAUCAUCACAACUCGUCAAAAAAAUUAAGAAUAACAGAAAACCCACCACAAACCACAACCCAAUCAAAUCAAAUCAGUCAAUCAAUCAAUCAACAUCCGGCACCGGCAACCCGUCUAACAACCUAACCCGCAUCCCCAACUUCUCCAGCGCCUCCCUGGAAUUCCGCUCCCGCAGCGCCCGCGCCUCUUCCUCCGACACCAAGACAAACUCAUACUGCAACAUAGGCGUACCGAGCGGCACGUCGUAUUUCUUCGCCAUCUCAGGGUCCGUGAGCGGGUGCAGGUCGACGAUGAGCGAUGAUUUGACGCCGAAGACGGCGUCGGAGGAUUCGUAGGGGUCGCCGCGGAGGUAGAGGGCUCUGUAUUUCAUCAGUAUGCGUGAGCGGGGUACAUGGAUGGAUGGAUGGAUGGAUAAUGUGAAUGGAAUCGACAUGGCCGUUGUCAAUACCCAUUCCAUGCAUCACAUCCAUUGACAGCGAGAUAAGACGCAUCCAGCUAGCUGUCCGGAUGGUAUCCAAAACUAGUUAACUAAGGGAAGGAGAAAGAACAUACGUAAUCAAACAAUCCCACCCCUCCUUCCACAGCAUAAAAUGCAUAUGUGCCGGCCGAUACGGAUGCCUGCCCAGCUUUCCCAGCAGCCUCCCCACGGGCCCAUCAUGCGAAAUCGGAUAGGACACGGGCUUGAUGGCCUUGAACCAGAACCCGCCCCGUUCAUCCGAGUACAUCACCCCGCGCCCAUCCAUGAUCCGUUCCUGCCCGCCCACGCCACCGCCCGCGUACUGCACGUCAUACCGCCCGCUACUAUCCGUCUCCCAGAUAUCCACCUUGACCCCCUCCAGCGGCUUCCCCGCCCUAUCGCGCACGGUGCAGACGACCAACAACGGCUCGCCGGCGCCAUCGCUGAAGAGGGCGGCGCCAUGAUUCUCGAGCGUGGGGGCCUCGUGCGUGUGGAAGGGCCCCAGCAGGGUCCCCUCUGUGGCGCCGGGUGGUUUUGGGUGGUUGAUGGCGUCGACGAGUAGCGAGAGGCCGAGGAUGUCUGAGAGGAGGAUGAACUCGUUGCGGUGCGGGGAGGAGAUUUUGCCUACCUCGAUGAGGAAGUGGAGGGCGGUGGACCAUUCGGUGGUUGAGAGGCGGGUUUCGCGGGCGAAGUCGUGCAGGUGGGUUGUGAGGCGGGCGAGGAGGUAGCGGAGGCGCGGGGAGGGGCAUUGGGCGUUUAUGAGGUUUGUGUUUUGGGUUAUGUUUUCGGUUGUGAGGUCUUUGAGCGGGGGUGGGGGGGUCAUUGUUACAGGUUGGAUUGAAGUUGGUGUAGGGAGCGUUCUUUGGCAAAUGUAAUGUACAUGUACGGUUAUGGGGAUGCGUUUAUGUGGUGAUGCUUGAUCCAAUAUAUAAAUAUAUAUACUAUUACCUGUGAAGCAGGAGAUAUAGAAAUGUUUUACAAGGAAUGUUUGUCGCCCUUCUUCUGUACACUAGCACCAGUACCAGUGCAAGGCGAAACUAAAGAUAUCAAUUCCUUCAAUGACUUGAUAUAACAUUAAAUAUGUGAUAAAUUGAAUCCAUCUUCAAAUAUAUAUAUCUAUAUCUCUUCUUCCCCCCAGUCACCCCAUCUAUAUCAUAUAUGACAAGCUUAAAACCCUACUCUCA